CUCCAAGCGCAAAUUAUUAAGGCAUUACCGAAGCAUAGAACAUAUCUCCGGUUUAAGUUUGAUUAAACAUUCAUAUUUUCAUCUGUGAACCACUGACCAAUCUUGAGCCCUUUAAAGUAAAUAGACUUGAAAUAUUCGAUUUUGACUGUACUACUAUGGAAGUAAUCAUCAUCUGGUUGUUAAUUUUCUUGACAUGUUGUAUCAUAUGCUGCUGCUGCGCAUGUUGUUGCUGUUGCAAAAGCCGUCGCAAAGUUAAGACCAAUCAAAAGAGUUCCAAAAAAUCCAAUAAUGACUGUCCCGCUACAUUGUAUACCGUCAAUACAGACGCAGCUACAGUUUAUAUCCCUGUCGUAGUGCCAGUUGAAGAAAAUUAUGGAGGGGAUACAUAUUAUUUUGAUUGCUGUGCUGGCGAUGAUUGCUGCGAUGGCGACGAUUGCUGUGAUGGCGAUGGUUGUGAUGGCUGUGAUGGCGAUGGUUGUGAUGGCUGUGAUGGCGAUGGUUGUGAUGCUUGAUUAGUGAAGACUCAGCAUUUUAUUGAAACAGAAUCAUACUCGAAUUUAAGUAUUUAAAUUUCUUCACUGUCAACAAUGUUGGAAAAACAAAC